AUGGCAGACGAGGAGCAGUUGCUGUCACUGAGCCUGGACGACUGUGUUUCGCUGCUGACGAAGAAGCAUGGCACGCUAAAGGCAGCUUUCGACAAGAUGGACUUCUUCCAAGACGGGCGGCUAUCCUGUUUGGAAUGGCAGGAGGGACUGCGCCAGCUACUUUCAACGGGGUCCAAAGACUCUCGCAGGUAUGAUCCUUUGAAAGAGCCAAGACGCACAUGCGACUCCGUGCUGCUGCGUCUGUUUAAAGCCAUGGACAAGGACAAGGAUGGCUUCAUCUCUUUUGAGGAUUUGGCCAACGCGAAGGGUGGGCCCUUCGUUUACUCGCGCGAGCUGCGAAAGAAGGAUUCAGAGGAAAAUAUUGCAGCAUCGCCAAAGGAUUCCAAAGGGUCGCCAAGAUUCCUGCAGGAGCUUUCGUAUGGCUCCAGCUCCAUGGGUUUCACAAUGCUACCUUUGGUGUCGCGCAAGAAGAAAGACGGGAAGGAACACUUUGCCGGCCACAUUUACUCCGAGAUGCGAGCCUUCGCAGCCCUUCUCAUCAAGAAGUUUGAUACGCUGGACAAGGCCUACAAGCACUUCGAUGGCAACAGGAAUAACCAACUCGGGAUGACAGAGUUUGUAUAUGGAGCCAAAGCCUUGCACUUCACAGGGAACGCCAGGUCCGUGUUUAAGGAACUCGACAGGAACAACAACGGCAACAUCUCGAUCCAAGAGUUCAGGGUUUUGCGUGCCUUGAAUGCCACGGAGGAUGAGGCUGUGACUUCUAAAACCAGACGCGAGCAGGUGCUUGAGCGUAGGCAAAGAUCGCCCAUUCAAGCACCGCGCAGACACCAGAGAAGUGUCUGCCUCGCCUCUACUCAUGUGCAGUUUCCAGAGGCAGAGCACAUUUCAUCAUCUGCUGGCUUUUACUCUUUCCCCCGAACUUGUACUGGCCGAGCCGACCUUCAGCUUCACCCAAACGAAAUUCCAGGCUUUGACUCGGAAAACUUCACAAAAGAACGGGGGCCUGGCUAUUGCAAGAGAGGCCCAGAAUCCUUUGCGGAGGUGAUGCCGGAUUCUCACCCGCUCCGCGGGAGCAAGUUCAAGGUGGGCAGCACUGUACCAAGAGCAGAGCGCUUUGGGCCGGCAAUUCCUUCUGUGGAAGGUCGAAAGGACUUAGAACAUAGCGCCGCUGUGUUUGCAACCUACGAAGGCCGAAUGCCACGAAUGAAUUGGAAAAUUGACGGUACAGGAGCGCAGGUGUUCCUCUCCAAGCAAGAGCGGGUCGGUCUGACAGCUGGCCUUUCUGACAGCUUUCGGCUAUUGAAGCCUUGUCCUUGGGACAAAUCAAGGACGAUGAUGAAGCUCAAAUCACACAGCGAGUCGCUUUUGAAGUGCAAGAAUCUGUGA